AACGAGCGCGGAAGCUAUUAAUGCGUAGAUCGUUGCGUGUGCCUAUCUCUUUGGAUGGGUGCGAGUGUAUGCGUGCGUGUAGACGCUGAUGAUUGUUCCGCCGGCUUUUGAUUUCGGUGUUCGGCGGCUGUAUUUGGCAACAUAUUCGCACGAUGUGCAUCGAACGUAGCAGGCGGGGACGACAAAAUAAAAUGGCGCGCAAUACAGUUUUUGGUGCUCGGUGGUGUAGCCGUGCGGAUUAGUUUCGAAAGCAUCGAGUAUUCAUUGUUGCUUUUGUGCAGUGUUAAUACCGUGUGCGGAUGUGUGUGCGUGGCACUUCUUUAGCUAGUGUUGUAUAAAAAGUAAAAAGUUCGCAAAAUAUGUGUGCGUGUGAUUUGUGACAAGCGUUAAAAAGUGUCGGCGUUACAUCGCGCUCGGUAUCGGUUUGUGCCGUAAACUGUCUCCUCCACGGUUGUGUGUGGUAUGUGUACCGAGCGCGGCCAUUAUUUGUUCAGUUUGGCGAGAUGUGAAUGCAUAUCCCGGCGCAAUUGAAGGACGGUCGUUGCGUGUCGGUAACGCCGUCCCGUCGGCUCGGCAAGAUUGUCCUUCUGCUACGGCAGAGGAAUGGUCUCACCCUCGAAAGCCAAACUGUCCAGGAUCGCCGGCCAGCAGCAGCAGCAGCAGCAACAGCAAGAACAGCAGCAGCCACAGCAACAGCUUCUUCCGUCUCAGGCAUCCUCCCAAAGGAAAGCGUCUAAAAAGGUGCAGCUGGUCAAGGGCUCAAAGCCAUUGGUAUACCAUCGGUUUUAUCUGGACAUUGAGCAGCAUCAGAUCGCUACAAAGAUCGAAAGCACCAUCAAGCAGCUGGGUGGUUCGGUAGAGUUCUUCCUCAACAAGGAUAUUACACACUUCAUUACCGACAAGCUACAGCAAGACGGACAAUACUCCCAUACAGUCGCUGCUGGUGGCGGCGAAACUGGCGACCGCAAGGAACAACCACCAUCGGGCACUGGCUCUAACGAGAAUCUAACCUCAGCGCACCGUGCACCGUCUGCGGUAGCAUCUCCGGCAGCGGCAACCGGCGGCCCUACAAGCACAACCGCUGGUACAUCGUUCACGCCACCGCGACACUCUCAGCAGUUGCAGCGCAGCUCGCGUCAACUUCUUCAUUUGACGCACCAGCAGCAAACCCACGGUCAAUAUGUAAAUGACUACGAACCGGCGACCAGUCGUACAUCGUCACCAUGUCCACCACCGAUAACAUCAUCCACAGUAGCAGCAGCAGCAGCAGCAUCUUCCUCUUCAACGGCAGCAUGCAUCACUCCCGGUGGUGCAGCAUCCGUGCCGCAGCAGAAGAAGCGGGUGGUGGUGGGAUCAGGAGCUACCUCCGGCAACAGCACCACCACCGCUACGCCGCCGGUAGGGUUUGAUGGGAAGGUUAAACCAAUCGCACACCCAUCAGCCAACAGUCUGCCGGCAGCAGCAACAGCAUUACCACCGCGCAGCCGUGCAGAUGCUAUGCUACAGCGUGUCCGUCUACAGCAGCAGCAGCAACAACAGCAUCCAUCCAGCCAACAGCCAUCAUCCUACCAUUUGCUAAACUCGUCGCCACUCAAUCCAACGUACGGCGCGGGCGGAUCCACACCGACCAAGCACGGUACACCGUCUCCGUUUUAUUCGUCCUCGCAUCAUAAGCAAGCAUCGCCCAGCCCCAUCUACAGCCCGUCCGGUGCUGGAGUCGCAAUAAGCAAUCGGCGGGGACCGGCCGCACCACGCCAGAACAGUCCCGUACAGCUGGCCCGCUCUUGGGGCACGCUUAUCUGGAGUGCAGAGUAUGCGCUAAAGUUCCUGCGAAAAGUGCUCGCUUCCCUGUCGAACGAGAACCGGGGCGGAACGAAAGGUGCGCGAGAAGGAGAAGCUGGUGAACAUCGGCCUCAUCGUUCGCAUAGACACCACCACCAUCAUCAUGGUACGUCCGCGGCCCGUGCAGCGCAGCAUGUGCAUCAUUUGCGCGGCCAGUUCAUAAAGAUCGAGUGUCGUUCGGCACCGGGCAGCUAUCGGCCGGUUUAUAAGGAAUUUAAACGGUGGCCCGCACUGCUGCUGAACCAGAAGGAUCUCGCCGGCCGGCGUGCACCGUUUGCCGACGCGAACGAACCAUCUCCGGAGCGGGCGGUAAAGCGGGAGGAACCGACCCAGGAGGAGGACGGUGGUGCGACGAGCACAAAUAGGAUGACGAGAAAGCUUUCCAGCACCGCAACAACAACCACCACCACCACCACCCAAGGGAAAAACGGUGAAACGGUGGUGAAAAAGCGGGCGUUGGAAAAGCUGCCGCCUGUUGCGGCUGCUGCGGCGGCUCCACCGCGGGACUGUGGGUAUUGCGAGAUUUGUCGCAUCGAGUACGAUUCCCUGGCGGUGCAUGUGCAAUCGGAAAGCCACCAAGCGUUCGUACGGAACGAUGAUAACUUUUUGUCACUCGACCGAUUGCUAGGUUCCUUCGGAGGGGUUGGUGACGGCGACGCGGACGGUGAGGAUACGGCGGCAAGGCGUGGUGGUGGUGCUGUUGCUGUGGAGGCUUUUUUUCACCAGCUGCACAACACAACCACCCGCAUCAGGCUGAAAGCAAUAGCAGGAAGGCAGCAGGAGGAACAGGAGGACGGACAGCAGCAGAGGAGGAAGAAAACAUCAUCAACAACGGUGACGGUGGCGGUGACGACGACGGCCGCCGCUGACGACGAACUGAUCGCAACACAACAAACACCGAUCGGAGAUAGUAGAAUAAUAAAGGGAGAGGAAGAAGAAACAGCGCAAAAGCAACCACUGACACUACCACAGCAGCAGCAGGCACAGGAUGAAAGUGGUGGUGAGCAACGAUGCAAGCAGAAGGAGAGUAGUCCGGCAAAAGUGAAACGAAAGUGUAGUGAUGAUGCGGACGAUGCUCAGAAGCUGCAGCAUUUGUGUAACAGGGUAGUAGCAGAAGUAGUAGUGGACAGUGAUUCGCACAAACACUCACAAACUCUACCCGUUGCUACCACGCAGCAGGAUAGGUCCGACUGUCAUCAGCGUGGUGGUUUAGUGGGUACAACGGAAACACUUAACAAUACGCCUGCUACGAUCGCGCAAUCGGUGAUAGCGACAGCGUUCGGCUGCAGUGACAGUGAUUUUUUAGCUAACGUUAAGCAGGCGAGUCGGUCGGACGAUACGGACCGGGUCGCAUACGAACAGGUGGAACCGUGUGAAAGUGAUAGUAAUAAGCGGUGCAGUGCUGCCAAGAGCGGUAAUAGUGCUAGCAGUAGUAGUAAUUAUUUAAUACGCCGUGAUAGUGGUAGCGCACAGCAGGAGCAAAGGACGACCAGAACCCGGGCGUGCAAGCAACAGCAGCAACCACCGGAAGCGGUGACCCAUCGUCGUGGUGGUGAGCGUAGCAGCAGUCGAACCGUAUCGACCGUAGAGCCAGCACGGAGAGGAAGCAGUGAGGAAGGAAUGUUUGGGCGACGGUCAGCAAUUCAUCAUCAUCCGCAUAAUCAACUGAACCAUCACAACCAUCAGAAGCACAAAUCAACGCUCAGCGCACUAUUGCUCAAGCAGCAGCAGGCACGGGAACAGCAGCAGCAGCAGAGGAGCGCGUUCGCCGAUUGUAGUAGUGCUGUUGUCGAUCAUCAUGCUGCUGCUGCUACUGCUGCCGCUACCGGGAUGAAAGUGAUAACCGAGUGUCGAAAGCAGCGAGCAGCAGAAGACGACGACAGCGAGCUGGUGGUCGCGAACAAAACGCCCGUCCUGCUGACGGCAGCACCGGAAGCCGUAGAAACGGCCAACGUAAAAUCACCCCCGCCGACCGGCAACCGGCGGAAGCGUAAUCCACGGCCAGAGCAGCAGCAGCAGCAGCCGGAGGACCAGAACCAGCACGCAAUGGGAUUGAAAGCGUCGACCGUUGCGAUGAAUCACCACCAUCAUCAUCUUACCGAUGUUGGUGCCGGUGGCAAUGGUGGCACGAAAACGCGCCACGCAACGGAACUGGCAGCGACGCUGCUCGAGUGCGAUGGGCUCGAUCCGAAAAACACGAAACGGAUCAGUCUCGGGCUGCGGCAAAACCCGAAGCGGGCAAACCUGAACGAAGACUUUACCAGCCUGCUGGACGAAACGUUGGAACGGUCGAAAAGUUCCGCGUCCACGGCGACGGCACGUCGUGCGGGUCAGCAGCAGCAGCAGCACCAGCAGCAGUCCCGGAUACGGGCGCAAACGAAGGGAAAGGACCAGGGGAUGACGACGACGGUGAAGCUGUCUGCGGAAAGUAAGGUGGAAGACGCAAUGCUGAAUCGUGGCUGUGAGGAGGAAGAGAAGGCAAGCAAGCGUGAGCACGAUCGUCUGGCGGCAGAUGACGUGGCUGGUAGUGUGGUAACGCCGGGCGGUAAGCAGCGAACAGCAGCUGCCAGCAGGAAGGCGGCCGCACUGGAGGACAUUAAGGUGCGCGGUAUACGAUGGCGGGCGCCGAGCCCGACGACGCGCCCACCCGUCAAAUCUCCCCUGCUGUACAAAGUGAUCGAUCAUCAAGCCGGAGAAGAGCAAAUCUCACCGAACGAACGAGUAACGUCCACCGCACGGUCAUCCGCGGCUGUGGCCGCACCAACCACAGCAUCACGCAAGGACGCGUCCACCGCUGGAAGUGGCUCUACCGCCCCGCAACACCAGCCGCCAAACAGUCAUCCCCGCGCGGUCAAAUCCUCCAAGGUGGCGGGAGGCGCUUCGCCCACCAAAAAGAAUGGACUGAUCGUGAAGAUACGGCGCGUGCGCCAAUCCGAGCUGAGUCUGCUGAACGACGAGGCGGAAAACUUUAUGUUUCCGAAGAAAGACGACAGCAGCUCGGACGAGGACACCGACGACGAUCGGCAAACCUCGUCCGAAGGGUUCCGGCCGCACGGUGGUGGUGGCACCAAUAACUAUUCGAUCGAUUUGGCCAGCAGUAGCGAAGGCGAUCAGCACCACCGAGGCGGAGCAGCGCAGAUGAUGCUGACGGCGGUAAAGCGAGAAGAUGAGCGGCAUUCCGGGGACGAACAGCAGCACAAUGCUGCUGCUGCUGUUGGUGGCCGGAAGCGUAAGAAAGCUGGUGAACAUUUGUCGUCACCGGCGUCCACGCAGCCAUCGCCACAGAAAUCGGACGGUGAGCCGGUGUUGAAGCGGGCCCGGCUGGACGUGAUCAGCUCACGCCGGAAAGGUCCGCGCCAACAGUCGGCCGACUAUGAAAAGGGUCAGGAUCCUGCCGGUGGUAGGAUGCGAUUUCCAGCGGCCCCCAUCCAGCCAAGCGCAGUAGCAGCAGCAGCAGCAGCAGCAACAAAAACGACCACCGAUCGGUUGCGGCGCAGUCAGUCGUGCCGGAGUGAGUCGGAAGACAAAGGUCAGGAUGAUGAGCAGCGGCAUGACGCUGACGAUGAAGCAAGGGCAGCAGCAUCGAAUGAAUCUGCUGACGAAGGGGAAGAAGAAGAGGAAGAGGUGGAGCAGCAGAAGGGGAAGGGAAGGAAGGGUACCACGACCACCACCUCCCACCCAGCCCGGGGUGGCCGUCGGGCACAGAGGAAAGUGGUCGAGGAACCCGACACGACGGCACCGGUGGCGGAUCUUUGCAUAAGUUGCGUGUCCCGCUCGAGCCGUGGCCGACGGGGACGGGGUGGAGCAGCCGGAAGCCGCCGUGGUGUACGCGGUGGGGUAGGCCGCGGAGGAGCGAGACGAGCGAACCGGGGCGCAAAUGUGUCGUCCUGCACUUGCCACUUGCUGGACGCUUCCCGGAUGCCUCCACCGUCCAGCAGGCGGCGUACGAACGAAUCCGCCGAGCGGGUGUGUACACCGGUGCCGCAGCGUGGCGGUGCUACCGGCACAACGCGUGCAUCGAAAACGAAAACCACCCCACCAAGCGCAGCAGCAGCAGCAGUUCCUUCUACUUCAUCGGCAUUAGCAGCAUCCUCAUCGUCGCUAUCGUCCGCUAGUUGUGCGGCCAUUAUGACCGGCGGCAGCAGCAGCAGCAGCUACAUCAAGGGCAAGGAGGAUGGGAUGGGGGCAGUAUUCAAGUGGAUCAACUUUCGGAAACGGUGCGAAGAGAUUGAACCGUAUCGGUUCGCGUUCGAGCGGGUCCCGUCGCUGGAACCGUGGUACGAAACGUUUCAGCGGCAGGACGACGGUACGGAGAAGGUGUACGAAUACUUUGGCAGCACCGGCUACCGGAAACUACCGUACGAGAUGGGUCCGCUGCCGGCGCUCGGUCAGAACUGUUGUAUACUAAACUAUAAGGUGAUCGCGAGCCGCAAAUCGAACCGAACCGCAUCACUUCAAUCCUCCACAUCGACCUCAACCGAGCCGGCGUCACCGGGCGGCGGCGGUGGUGGUAAGAAAGGCGCAGGAUCGCGGCUCAGCUCGUCCGAGGUGCAGCACGCGGCCACGCUCAGUGAAUCGGACACGAAAAAAUCAUCCCCCUCCUCAUCGCUAUCCUCGUUGCCGUUGAAAAAACGUAAACUAUUGGUGCAGGAAGCCGCUGGUGGCGGCUCGUUCAAACCGGAAGGUGGAACGUCGGCCGAAGCGAGUAGCAGCUCGAGUCACAGCAGCCGUAUAGCGCGGCUGAUUGCCGGUGGAAACGAGCGGCCACGCAAAUCGCCCCGCGAACACGCUUCAACCCUCGCGAUACUAAGCCUGCUCCAGCAGCAGCAGCACCGGAAGCGGGCGGCGGGCACUAUUAAGAUUCUUACCAGCCCGAGGAAAGCCACCACGGCAACGGCCACAACACAAACGACGGGCGGCAGCGUGCUAGAGCAGCAGCACCAUCCGUUGCACCAGCAGCAAGACGCACCGGACAGCCAUGGCGAGGAGUCGAUGAGCCGGUCCUGCUCACGGGCAAGCGAUCGUGGCAGUUCGCGGGCCGGUUCGUCUGCCGGCGGCGGUAUCAAGUUCGAUAGACCGCUCUUCCCGGACAGCAACUACGUCAACAGUCGUACGUUGUGCCAGGAGCUGGAUGCGUUCCUGUCGGACGAGCUGAACCGUGUCGCUGGAGAGCGGUUGGGUGGUCAAACUGUCAAAAAAGAGCUUACGGAAGAUGGUGAACUGCAGCCGGGGGAUGAUGAUGGUACGGGGACGGAAAACAAAUCUUCCAACAGUCCAUCGCUCGACCAUCCGUCGGUGGAUGUGCCGGAAGAAAUAGAGCUCAUUCCUGCGCCAUCGGCCGUCCAGGAAGGUAUUGCCAUCGAACGGCACGGAUUGCCCGUAAGCAAGCGUGAUCUGUUGGAUGUGUUGCAGACGGUUGGCACGGAACCACCGCUCAGCCUGAAGCUCGUACAGCGGUGUGAAUCCGUGGUGAAGCGGAUCGUUCAGUACGAUCGGAAGGAACGCCCGAUGCUGGCUACCGGAUCCGGUGCGGGGCUUGCCAUUUCAUCCUCCUCGCCCGUGAUCGGUCUUCAGCUGUUUGACAGCGGGGGUUCGAGCUUGGGUGCGUGUGGCCCGGGCAGCGCAAGUGUCGGUGGAACAUUCCUCAAGAAGCGCAUCAAUCGGACCGGUUGGCCAACGAGCAAGCGCAAAAUCGGUACCCGCACCCGGCUGCAAUCGAGGUUCCUGUUACCAUCGGCGACGGUUAAGAAAUCGCUUUCGAGCGAAUCGGUAAAAAAGGAAGUGCGGGAAGAGGACGAAGAAGAGGCGAAGGAUGUGGCGCGCGAGUGUGCGGUGAAGAAGCAAGCGGAUGGUGAAGAAGAAGGCGGUGAGGACGAUGAAGAGGAAGGCGACGAAGAGGAUGAAGCAGAAGAAGACGAGGAGGAGGAGGAGGAGGAGGAGGAGGAGCUCGACGAGCAGGCAGGUCCGGAUAGGAGAAGGGACGCGACCCCCAAUAAAAAGACUGUCGGCAAUCGUCGGAAGCGAGCGGUAGAUCCGAAACCCAUCGAACGAAGAAGAAGGAAGCGUUCCUAUGGAAACCCACACAAGGCGGCUGCUGCUUGCGAUGACGAGCAUCAGUCGGACGAUGGGAAAAAGGUCGAAGGGGACGAAGCGGUUGGGUCGCUGUCGCAGGAGCGAAAUGCUACUGCUGCCCCUUCUGCAUACGAUUCGAUGCCAACGCUUCGUGCUGCGCUAAUGCGUGACAACAGUCAGCUGCAGCGUCAUGUGACCACGUCGAUGUUGCUGCAAUCAUCCCCUUCAUCCCUGCGGCAAUCGUCCACCGGUUUAGUGGUGCCCGGGAGCUUAAAUCGUGGCACUGUUCCUUUUGCUUCCUCUACGACGGGUGGUCGGGAUCCAACAGCGACAACGACGGUCGGUUGCGAUACUGCGAUACUGAGCCCAACGUCCCGUUCGUCGGGGUCUACAGUUUUAGGAGCGAAUUGUGGCAAAUACGUAACGAAAACUACCACCACCAUGACGCGGGUUGAUUACGAUGGUGGAGGAGGAGGAGGAGGUAAUGUCACUUCUAGUGGAUUGUCUCCGUUGGCCCGUGUUGCCAAACAUUCCCGCGAGGAAGGCGAACAGCUGCCGGAUCACGGCGAUCAGCAGCGGGAAGACAAUCGGCAAAAGCAAUCCGGUGGCGCCUCGAACCGUUACCGAGGUAACGCUGCAACUGCACCGACAACGGCGACGACGCACGAUAGCGACGAUAAGGAGUGUGAUUCGAUCAGCUCCCGUAGCAUCUUCGUCAGCGAUGACUGUGAUACAACCUCCUCCUCGACCGCCAUUAACCCGCCCGACGAUCGUCCACCGUCGGCAAUGAGCGAACGGCCGCCAUCUUCUCACCCCAACUGUGAUCAUCCGGCGGAGAGUGCCGCCAUAGAAUCGACGAAGCAAACCGAACUCGCGGACUCAUCGACGCUCCUGUUUCUCGGCAACAAAGCUACCAACAAAACGCCCCGGACGCCGAGCGAACGGAUACGGAACAAAAUGGUGAAAAAUCGCCGCGUCGCUAUACGGAUGGAGUUGGCCGGUAAGAAGAAGGAGCAGAAGGUAAACAAACUUCAACACCACCAUCACCAUGACGUACAAACGAAGCGAAGAAAAUCGUCCUCGCUCGGUCCACCGCUACCACCGCCCUCCAUGAUGCCCCUAUCGCCUCCGCUAACAACCUCCACCUCCUCGUCGUCCUCUUCCUCGUACGGUGCGGACGAUAAAGCACCGCUAUCGCCGCAACCGAUCGCAUCGAUACGACGGCACGAUGGCGACGAUGACGAUGACGACACCGACGAGGUGCUACCGGAUGAAACGAGCGGCGGGCAGCAACAUUCUUCUUCCAGUGCCAACAGUGGUGGUGGUGGUAAGGCUAUCGUUCUUACACCAUCGAAAAUCAAGACUCGCUCGGCGACGUUUGGCUUCUCGCCCCCGAAGCGUACCUACGGCGGGGCGAAACUGGCCGCCAAAAAGCUUCCCUUCGUAAGCUUGGUAAAGACAACGUUUUUACCGGCGCGAGAGCUUACGGCACCGGCCACGAUCGUUGUAAAUGGUGCCGGUGGGAAGGCAAGGAAGAAAACGAGCCUAAGUAGCAGCAGCAGCGGCGGCAAGCGCAAUGCGCGUAAGACGGCACCCUCUGUGGUGGAAGGAAAGGUGCCAUCUGGUGUGAGAAAGGUGCUCAAGAAGCGAUUGCUAGUAGUGGAGCCAACGCAGCAGCAGCAGCAGCAGCAGCAGGUGGCGAAGAAGAAGCGAAUGCAACAGGUGCCUGCUAAAAAAAGUAAAAAGCUGCUGUCUGGUUCGAGGGUGAAACAGCCAAAACUCGCCGUCGACUCUGGUCCAACAGUUACUGCUGGUGGUCAUUUCAACAAUAACAGCAAUAGUGAUGAUCCUUCAAGUACGCACGAUUGUGUGGAAAAGGAGGAGGAAGAGGAUCCUUUGGGUGUGCUGCACGAGCAGGAGAAUCCUGAGGUACAGCAGCAGAAUCGUCAUCAUCACGAUCAUAAUACUGCUGAUGAUGAGGAGGAGGAGGAGGAGGAGGAGGAGGAGGAGGACCGAGACGAGCGUAGUAAUCAGCUAAUGGAGGAGCAUUUGCUGGAGGAAGACGACGAUGGCGACCAUCACCACCACCACCACCACCACGAUCAUGAGGAAGAUGACGGGGAGGAGGAUCACGAGGAGCUGCUGGAGUUGGAGCGCACGGAAGAGGAGGAAGAGGAGCUGGAUGGUGUCGAGGAGGAGGAGGAGCACUACGAACUGCUCGAGCUGCUGGAGGUGGAUGAGGAACAGGCGGAGCAAGAAGAGCAAGAGAUCGAACCGAAUGAGGAUGAGGAGGUGACGCAUCACGAGGAUGCGUUUCUAACGGGUGCAGAUGAGGCGGCAGCUGACCGGAAGAAGAAGCGUCAGGAUGAUGAGGAACGGAAACUCGUCAUGGCCGACCAUGACUACAGCGAUCAGCACGAUCCCGGCGCGAUCGAGGUGGAUGCGGAGUUUGUUGAGGUGGAAGAGCUGGAGGAGGAGGAGGAGGAGGAGGAGGAUGACGAGGACGGUCUCGUGGAGGAAGAAGAUGUAGAGGAAGAGGAGGAGGAAGAGGAAGAGCAUAGUGAUGAUGAGCAUGUGGAGGAAGAAGCCGAUCCGCCAUCCAACUUCGAACAGCAGCAGCAGCAGCAGCAGCAGCGUGUGAAGCUCACCUUCACGUCCUGUGCUGGUGCUUCGUCUGGUGCGACUACUACGGCUAGUACUAGUGCCGGCACAGCAACGCCCGCGACGAAAAGCUCCUCCACGGCGUCCUCCCCGACCAAGUACAGCCCUCGCAAGCUGCGCAAACCUCGUGGCCGGUGGUAUCGGGAACGAUGAGUAUGGAAUGUGGAGCAGCUGGAAAGGAGGGUCACCACCACCGCUGCACUGCUUGUGUAAGAUAUUGAACAAAAGCUGUAAGCCGCCAGAGCCAGGGGAAGAAACCCCCUUUCAUACAUACAUGGCCAUAGUGUUUGGUUGCAGUUGGAAGAGGAAAUGGCUUUGCCUGCUCUCUAUCAAUGGAUGAGGAUUCAGACACUCACACACACACACACUUAUACACCAUUUUUGCCUUUUAGUUUUUGUCCGUUCUCUGUGUGUGUGUGUGUUAGAGGAUCUCUCUUGUGGAGAAGGUAUCGAGCUUUUUAAUUAUUUUCCGUGUAUUUGAAACGAAAGGAAGAGGGCUCUGAUGGUCGCGUUUUUGUAUUAUGUUUAUUUUUUUUUGUUUUUCUGUCUCUGUAUCGUGCUGCGUAACACCCCUGCGUGUGGGGGAUCGAUGACGCACUGUCGGUAGUGUGUAAAGGUAUCUUUAAGUUUGUGUUUAGGUUUUAGCUGUUUAGCUGUUUAGUGGGUAGUGUUAUCAGUUAAAACGAGCCCGGAACCUCUUUUUUUUCUCUUUUAGAUGCAGCUCAAACAAAAACACACACACACACUUACAAACAAACACACGCGUUCAGCGUAGGAAAAUGCAACAAGAAAAGGAGACCCACACAUACACAAACACAGGAGUAUUAUGAAAGGUAAAUUUAAAAACAGCAGGAAAGAUGAUAAAGCAGCUUUGUGAGAGAAAGAGAGAGACGAUUCGAAACAGCCCCGAAUAUGUGUACAGCGGAUUAAACGAUAAGUUACAAAUUGUGUAAAGGACACAGCGAAGAAGAAGAAGAAGAAGUAGAAACAGAAGGGGAAACUAUUUCGAUUGUGUCUCCUCUUAGUGCCAAGAAUAAAAUCGAUUCGGAAUCAAUUGAUUACAAACUAAA